UGGGCAAGGAGGAGAUUGAGAAGAUUGUCCAGGAGGCUGAGAAGUACAAGUCAUAGGAUGAGGAGCACAAGAAGAAGGUGGAGUCCAAGAAUGCCCUGGAGAACUACUCGUACAACAUGCGCAACACCAUCAAGGACGAUAAGAUCGCCUCCAAGCUGCCGGCGGAUGACAAGAAGAAGAUCGAGGAGGACAUUGACGCUGCCAUCCAGUGGCUGGACAUGAACCAGCUCGCUGAGGCGGAUGAGUUUGAGGACAAGAUGAAGGAGCUGGAGGCCCUGUGCAACCCCAUCAUCGCCAAGAUGUACCAGGGUACUAGCGCCGACAUGGAGGGCGGAAUGGAUGACGACACCCCAGCUGCAUCUGGCGGUGCUGGCCCCAAGAUCGAGGAGUUGCCGCAUAUUUGCUUUCGCCCUGCCAGGCUUGUGAGAGCUAAUGUUGUUAGAUCCUUACUUGGGAUGUCUGAGGGCAUAUAUGAGCUCACUGUUUAG